UUUGACAGUCUUGCAUAUGCUGUUUUUUUAAUCUCUCUGCCUUUUCUAGCUACCUUUUCAUGCUGGUACCUGGAUUUGGAUAUGGAGCUUGGUGACACUGAAAAAGAUCUUCAGACAUCAGGCCUUUGUAUCAGCUAGCUGCCACGCAUCACACAUUCAUUUUAAUAUUAAUUUUUGGCAUAAGCCAUAAGGAGUGGGGAAAGUGGCACCUAAUGCAUGCAUAUUUGUUAACACCACUACCAAUGAUCCAAUCACACUGUAACCAUGUAAUUUUUCUACAAGAUUGGCCUUAAAAUUCUAAAAAAAAUUUGACUUUUCAGUUUUUGCAUUUAGCUGACUGGGAAAUUGUUUGAUUAUAUAUUGACAGUUGCAAAACAAUGUAAAUUUGAUGGUGGCCCUUCAGGUUUUUUAGACUAGUUUGAUGACAGAACAAUCUUUGUACUGCAAUCUGCAUCUUGAAAAUUAUUUGUUGAGAAGUGAAAUCCACAAGAGGGAUUAUAUAUCUACCAUCACCUGAACAAUUAUUGUACUAAUGCUUUAGAAAAUAUGCAUAAUUUUAUUUGGUUUGUUAUAGGCUUUAUAAUGUACAAAUAAAAUUUAAAUCUAGAAUCUCCUUUCUGUGCAGAUCACUGAAAACAUUAGAUAAGACUAAUUUCAAAAUUUAAAAUGCUGUUCUACUCAUUCUUCAAGUCUCUGAUUGGGAAGGAUGUCGUAGUUGAACUUAAAAAUGAUCUCAGCAUCUGCGGGACACUGCAUUCAGUGGACCAAUACCUCAACAUCAAACUGACUGACAUCAACGUGACUGAUGCUGAGAAGUAUCCUCAUAUGUUGAGCGUGAAGAACUGCUUCGUGCGGGGCAGCGUGGUGCGCUACGUGCAGCUGCCCGCUGAUGAGGUAGACACGCAACUCCUGCAGGACGCGGCGCGACGAGAGGCGCACUCGCAGCGCCAGUAGCGGCUCCCUUCUGCUGCAUAUUUUCAGUGUUUGCCUUAAAAGAUACUUCUAGUGUUUGCCUAGAAUGAUCAUUCUAGUGUUGGUUUAGAAAUAACUUCUGGUGUUUGCCUAGAAUGAUCAUUCUAGUGUUGGUUUAGAAAGAACCUUCUGGUGUUAGCCUAGAAGAUCAAAGUCCGUCGUAUCGAUGGGCUCAUGUUCAUCUCUGGCUUGUGCUAAUGGAAUGAGGAGGUUAGAACUGAACUAAGACUUCUUUCGUGAUGUGAGGAUGUUGUUUUACUAUUGUGUGCCUCAUUUUGUUGUUUUCGUGUAAUUGUUUGUGUAAACAAUUGACAAGCUAUAUUCUCUGACAUUAAAUUUUAAGAUAGUUAGGCAAAGGUAAUCUGGUGAUGUUAAGGUGACAUGAAUACUUCAUUCAUAUGUCAUUCACGUGAACUAUCACACUUGACUGCUUCAAAAUUUUGCGAACUAUUAUAUAAAAAAUCACGAACUAUUUCAUUUUCCAGCGAUUACAACAAAUAAGCUCAUAAUUGAUAAUAAAUGGGCUGGGGAAUUUUUUGUGUCCCGGUGAGUGAGGGGAGGUUCGUGUUACCCUGUCGGUGCGUCAUGACGAGUACCUGACCGGCUAGAAUAGAAAGUAUUCUACCAACAAGGAAUUUUUUCCUG